AUGAAGACCUCGACCAUCGUUGCCGCCACCGUCGGUACUCUCGCCGUCGCCACCGUUGGCUAUGCCAUCUAUUUUGACCAGAAGCGCAGGAACGACCCCGAGUUCCGUCGCAAGCUGAAGAAGGAAAAGAAGCGCGCCAUGAAGCAGCAGAAGGAGGAGGAGAAGAAGAAGACCACCCAGACUACCCAGACUGUUGAGGAGGCUCUUGCCAGCAUCAAGGAGGAUGACUUCCCUGCAUCGAUGGAGGAGCGUGAGAAGUUCUGCAUGGAUCAGCUCUCGGCCGGUGAAGCCCUCUUCACUCGUGGUCCCGAGGGUUAUGACAUGGCUGCUAUCUGCUUUUACAAGGCCUUGAAGGUCUACCCCGCCCCCGCCGAGUUGGUUAUGGUUUAUCAGAAGACCAUCCCCCCAGAGGUUUUCACUUUGGUCAUGGGCAUGCUCAGCAUGGAUGUCCACAAGAAGCAGGAGAAGUACUACACCGUUUUCCCUCCCAAGGAGAUGAACGUCAAGGUUGAUGAGUUGCCCGAGGGUGUCACUGCUGAGGGACAGAGUGUUGUUCGCCGUGGAUUGAUCGCCACCAAGGACUUUGCUGCUGGAGAGACCAUCUACUCGGAGACACCCAUCAUCAGCUCUUUGGAGCCCUCGUUGGAGGGCAAAGAGUUCUGCCACUACUGCUUGAAGCAGAUUGUUGAGGACGAGUCCAAGGUCAACUGCCCUACCUGCACUAAGGUUGUUUUCUGCUCAGCAUCUUGUGAAAAGUCAGCCACGACUGAGUUCCACGCUGUUCUCUGCACCAAAGAUUCCGAGGAUGCCUCGACCCCUGAGCGCUCGCUUUACGACUACACCAAGGAGACCAACAGCAAGUACCCCGAGAUGAUUGCCAAGUUCUUGGUGCGCAUGGUUCACGAGGAGACCUUGAACAGUGGCGAGGAGUACAACUUGUUUGAUCACAUCGAGCGUCUCCGCUUCUUGGAGGUCCGGCCAUCGGCUGCUGAGGAGAAGGAGAUUGAGCUUCUGAAGGUUGCUCUCGGCUCUAAGAUCCCUGGUAUUGAAGAGUUUAUCAACGAGGAGCGCUACUUGACCCUUAAGGGCAAGUUGCUUUACAACGCUUUUGGUGUCUCUACUUCUUUGAACGCUGACCGUUCCGUCGAGCCUUCCCCAGAGCAGUACCGCAGUGAGCGUGGUGCCCCCGUUGUUGGUGCUGGAUUCUACAGAGUUACUUCCUACAUGUCGCACUCGUGCGAGCCUAAUACCAAGAUUGCUUACCAGGAUCACAACAACAACUUGGCUGUUGUUGCCACAAAGGCCGUCAAGGCCGGAGAGGAGCUUCACGUUGGAUUUAUCGACCAGAAGAACGGUGAGCUCUCGACCGAGCAGCGUCGCCAGGAGCUUUUCCAGCACUACCGCUUCAAGUGCAUGUGCCCCCGCUGUGAGGCACCCGAGCCCGUUGCUGUUGCUGCUGCUGUUGUUGCCGAGGCUGCUGAUGUUGCCGAGGCUGCUGUCGAGGCUGCUGUCGAGGCUGCUGUCGAGGUUGAGGCAGAGGCUAAGGCUGAGGUUGAGGCUGUCGAGGAGGUCACCGCCUAA